GCAUUGCAGUCUCAUGCGUUCAAUACUGAAUAAUCAUUUACUCAGCCUGGCUAAACCAGACAGAUUGCUGUGGAAGGUUUUGUGAUUCAGGCUUGUAGAAAUACUAAAUUACAAAUCCAGGAUGAAACUAUUCGGCCAUAUAUGCAUGUCGUUACACCGGGCUGAAAGCAGCAUGAGGUGGGCCAUCCUGUGGGCGCUGCUUGGGCUCAGCGUAGCCCAGCAUGACCCCCACGUCAGGCAGGGCAGGACGGCCAUUGUGCACCUGUUUGAGUGGCGCUGGGUGGACAUUGCCGACGAGUGCGAGCGCUUCUUGGGGCCCAACGGCUUUGGGGGAGUUCAGAUCUCGCCUCCUAAUGAGCACAUUGUGCUGAACAAUCCCUGGAGGCCAUGGUGGCAACGAUAUCAGCCAGUAAGCUACAACCUGUGUUCCAGGUCUGGCAACGAGAGCGAGCUGAGUGACAUGAUCACCAGAUGCAACAACGUCGGGGUCAACAUCUACGUGGACGCCGUCAUCAACCACAUGUGCGGUGGCGCUGGCGGUGAGGGAACCCACUCUUCGUGCGGGACCUGGUUCAGUGCCAGCACUAAAAACUUCCCUAGUGUUCCCUACAGCAGCUGGGACUUCAACGACCACAAAUGCAGAACUGGAAGCGGCGAGAUUGAGAACUACGGGGACGCAUACCAGGUGCGUGACUGUCGCCUGGUUGGCCUCCUGGACCUUGCCCUGGAGAAGAACUACGUCCGGGACAAGGUGGCUGAGUUCAUGAACAAGCUGAUUGAUCUGGGUGUAGCUGGAUUCCGGGUUGACGCCUGCAAACACAUGUGGCCCGGCGACUUGGCCGCCAUCUACGGUCGCCUUCACAACCUCAGCAACAAGUGGUUCCCUGACGGCUCCAGACCGUUCGUUUACCAGGAGGUUAUUGAUCUAGGAGGUGAAUCCAUCACGUCUGGAGAGUACUCGCACCUGGGACGCGUGACUGAGUUCAAAUACGGAGCCAAACUGGGAACAGUCUUCCGAAAAUGGCAAGGCGAGAAGCUGUACUACACCAGAAACUGGGGAGAGGGCUGGGGAUUUAUGCCCACUGGCAAUGCUGUUGUCUUUGUUGACAACCACGACAACCAGCGAGGACACGGUGCUGGCGGUGCAUCAAUCAUUACAUUCUGGGACUCGAGGCUGUACAAAAUGGCCGUUGGCUACAUGCUGGCCCACCCCUACGGAGUAACCAGGGUCAUGUCGAGUUUCCGCUGGAAUCGUCACAUUGUCAAUGGAAAGGAUCAGAACGACUGGAUGGGACCGCCGAGUCAUAGCGAUGGAAGCACCAAGCCUGUUCCCAUCAACCCGGAUCAGACUUGUGGAGAUGGAUGGGUGUGUGAGCACAGGUGGCGUCAAAUCAAGAACAUGGUCAUUUUCCGCAAUGUGGUCAACGGACAGCCUCAUUCCAACUGGUGGGACAACCAGGGUAACCAGGUUGCUUUUGGGCGUGGUGACCGUGGUUUCAUCGUCUUCAACAACGAUGACUGGGACCUGGAUGUGACUCUUAACACAGGCAUGCCCAGCGGCACCUACUGUGAUGUUAUUUCCGGCCAAAAGGAAGGUGACAGGUGCACUGGAAAGCAGAUCCACGUCCGCGGUGACGGCCAUGCGGACUUCCGGAUCAGCAACCGGGACGGGGACCCCUUUGUGGCUAUCCAUGCUGAAUCCAAACUGUAAAUGCAUACUUUGAACAAAGAAGCUAUUAUAAACAAACAACUCACAAAUGUGAUGCAAGCAUUAAAGGGGCUUCAUGGUGAAA